GUUCCGCGGUCGUCCGCCGACUCGACGCGGCGCUGACGUGCAUUACGCUAAACCAGUGUUUCUACUGUGAAAUCACCCCUGUUAUUUCGUUAUUUGUUUAUAAAGUCACCUAAGGAUUCGAUCGGACGGCAUCGGCCGCAUGAACUACUACGUGUGUGUGUGUGGAAAGAAUCGACUGCUGUUGUGGAACAGGUCGGCCGUGUUCGUGUAUGUGCUGAAUGGUGAUUAAAAGUAAUUUACUUUGCGUUUACGGUGUUGAGGGUGCAUAUCGAUCAGUUAUCGAAGGACAGAAAGGAUUGUUGUGGUGGCACGGAAGACGGAAAAGGUAAGUGAAGUACUGUGCAGUGCAAGCCGGGAUGUGUACAGUGAUGGUGUAACGUGCCUGAACGCACAGUGUUUGUGUUAACUAUAGUGCUAAAAGUGUUCAUGGAUUGUGUCUAUUUUGGAUUGACAUAGCGAGUCCUCGAGAGAUCAACUUGAGAACGGGCUACAAUGGUGUUGUCGUGUGCGGGGCGCGAGGGGGCGGGCGCGGCGAGUCGGCGCGCAUGGCUGCGUCAAUGAGGGAGGGCGCGCCGGCCGGCGGAGCUCGCCCCGCGCCCCACGCGACCAACUUCGAGUACGAUGACAACGAGUGGGACAUAGGCAUCGGAGACCUCAUCAUUGACCUCGAUGCCGACAUAGAGAAAACUGACGAGGCGGGCGGCAUGGCGGCCCGCGCCGAGCCGGACGCGCAGCGCACGGCGCUCAAGAUGAAGAUCAAGCGCACCAAGCCGGGAACCAAGAGCUCGGAGGCCAAACACGAGAUCGUCAAGUCGAACGAGAUGAACGGCGAGCCCAAGACCCAGGGCGGCGCCGCCGCCCCGCCCGCCGCCGCCAAGCGCGGCUCCGGCGGCCACCGUAGAGAUAAGGCGCGCGACAAGCACCACCACCCGCACGACGUGAACGGCGUGGCCCGGCCCGUCGCGCCCAACGCGCCCGGGCCGCCCGCGCCGCCGCCGGCGCCGCCCGCCCCCGCGCCGCCGCUCGCGGCGCCCGAGCCGCGCCCCUCCCCCGCGCCGCGGCUCGAGCCCAAGCCCGCCGCGGCGCCCCAGCCCGCCCCCGUCCCCCCCGCGCCCGCGCCCCAGCUCGCGCCCGCGCCGCCCCCGCCGCCGCCCGCGCCGGCGCCCCACGCGCCCCACGCGACCCACGCGCCCCACACGCCCCACACGCCCCACACACCUCACGCGCCCCACGGGCCAACGAUACCUAGCAAACCUGAACCUGACGACUCGCGGCAAGAAGCCCCGAGUUCACAACCACCGGCCAAGAAAAUUAAAACAGAACCUAAGGACACAGCGGAAGUAUGCGUCGGCACGUCAGUCGGCACGAUCACGGAGCCGGACUGUCUGGGCCCAUGCGAGCCGGGUACCUCGGUCACGCUGGAGGGCAUCGUCUGGCAUGAGACGGAAGGUGGCGUGCUGGUGGUGAACGUGACGUGGCGCGGCAAGACCUACGUCGGAACUCUCCUAGACUGCACACGCCAUGACUGGGCGCCACCACGAUUCUGCGACUCGCCGACGGAGGAGCUAGACGCGCGGACGCCGAAGGGCCGCGGCGCCAAGCGCGGGCGCGGCGCGGCGCCCACGGACAUGACCAACUUCACCGAGACGCGCUCCUCCGUGCACAGCAAGCUGCGCAACGGCGGCGCCAAGGGCCGCCGCGCCCUGCCCUCGCCCACGCCCUUCACGCCGCCGCGCCCCGACAACAAGAGGAAAAGAACAUCGGAGGCCGAGGAGCGCCCGCCGACGCCUAAAGCCAAGCGCCCGCCCCCCACGCCAUCCUCGCCGCCCCCCGAUCCCGUCCUCCUGGAGUGCCCCGAGCCCAACUGCUCCAAAAAGUACAAGCACGCGAACGGGUUGAAAUACCACAGAUCGCACGCGCACGGCUCGCCGGACGACGACGACAAGGACGGCUCGAGUUCCGAGCAAGAAGAAACCCCUCCCGAACCGGCGUCGCCAGCGCGGCCGCCUUCUGAACCCGCGACCCCAGCCACUCCUGUCAAAUCACCAACUCCUGCCAAAUCCCCCGACGCGAAGAGCGAGAAGUCUCCGGAGAAGUCCCCCGAGAAGCCGGAGGUGGAGUCGCCGGCGCCGCGGUUCGCGGAGGAGUUCGCGCCGAGCCCGCCGGCCGCGCCGCCCGCCGAGCGCGUGCCGACGCCGCCGCCGCCCGCUACGCCGCCGCCGGAAGCUUUGCCUGCGCUACAACCUACUCAAUUUAAGGUCAAACCGCGCUCAGCGCUAAUGCCAACAGAGGAAAGCCAACGCAAGUCCGCCGAAUCCCCCGACGAGUCGCCUGGCAAGCGGCGGCGCCGCUCGCCGACGCCGGGCGCGCGUUCGCCCGCCUACUCCGACAUAUCCGACGACACGCCCGCGCCGGAGGGCGUGCCCGACGCCGACGCCGAGCACAGGCCCUUCCCGGUUUAUCAUCAGUACUACGGCCAGCCGCCGUACCUGCCGCCGACGCACGCGCCGCCGGCGCCGCCCGCCGACAAGGGCAAGGAGGACCUCGGCAAGGACCCCAAGUCCGACCUCAAGGACGGCAAACCCGAGAACGCUCCCCAGAAAGUACUUCCGCAGCACUUCUACCCGUACAACUACGUGCCGAAUUUUCCUUACAACGUUGAACCGGGCGCUCCGCCGGGUGCUCCCCUGGACGACAAGGGGAAGGAGUCCGAGCGCAAGACCGCCAGCCCCCUAGACAAGGGGAAGGGGGGCAAGGAGGCGCCGCGGCCGAAUGAUACGCAUCAGAUCUUGAAGGAGAGCAUUGAGAUGAAGGCGCAGAUGGGGCCGUAUGCGUUCCAGAGGCCGCCGCAUGCGAGAGAGGAGGAUCUCAGAAGAUACUACAUGAGCCUCGAGCAGCGUCGGAAAGAGUCGGGCAUGGACGUGAAGCCCCCCGGGGCGGCGGCGGGCGCGGGCGGGCGGCCGCCGCCCAGCGCCAAGCCGCCCAAAGACAACCCCGACAAGAAGGACGACGUCAAGGUCAAGCAGGAGGGGCAGAAGCCCACUACUGAGACGCAGGGCCCACCGCCGCCUCCGACAUCGCAGUAUUACCUGCCGUACAUGCAGGGGCCGCACUACGGGGCACUGCCCUUUGACCCGGUGUACCGCGCGCCGCUGAGCCCGAUGCUGGUGGGCGGGUUCGGCGGCGGCUGGAGCGUGCCGCGCUACCACGCGCCCGAGGACCUGUCCCGCCCCGCGCCCGGCAAGCUGGACCUGCUGCCGCCGCACCAGCCGCAGUACGCCUACCCGCACCAGCAGCACAAGAUACACGAGCUGCAGGAGCACGCGAAGCCCCCGGCGGCGAGCAAGCCGCGGCCCGAGCCGCCGAAGGAGCCGGCGCGCUCGCCGCCGCCGCAGCGCCACGUGCACACGCACCACCACACGCACGUCGGCCUCGGCUACCCGCUCUACCCGCCGCCCUAUCCUGCCGCGGCAGUGCUGGCCAGCACGCAGGCCGUGGUGAACUCGUUCCCCACGCCGCCCAAAUGAGAGCGCGCGCCCUAGCGCGGUGUCCGGCCCGCCUGACCCGCGCCCGCUCCGGCCUGACCGCCGGACCUGGACCCGGACCCGCGCCGGACCGGGCCGCACCCCGGACCUCCCGCGGUCCGACCUCCCGAACGUGACUAGUGAAGUGACCCGCGUACCUUGAACGCUAUCGAAUUCGUAUAAAUUUAACCGCGCCCGUAGCCGUUUUCGUGAACUCUCGAAUUCGAAUCUAAUCUCUAUGCCUGUAGCCAUAAUUUGAACACUGUGAUCUCGCGUAACCCACAAGAUGUGUAUGUGAUGUGCGCUUUGAAUGUUAGAGUGUGUCCGAACCGAUAGUUACCUGAAUUUUUUUAUAGUCGGAGCGAGUGUUAUCGAAGACUCUCGGUGAUCGUGUCCCGGCGAAGGAUGACUGACGCUGCCCGCCACUUAAUGUCUAUACUAUACUUUGUUUUAUAUGUUCACUAGUGCGAGCACAAACUAGUUUUGUAAAUAUUAGUGUUAUGUGUAAAUUACCCUACGAUCGUUAGAGUUCCGAGAGGGAUAAUAAUGUGUAAUAUAAACAUCGAAUUCUCCGAUUCUCCCACUGGGCAUUGUACUGAUGUUGAAGCCCCUUCUAAAUUGAUAUCAAUGCGAAUACAGCAUAGUAAGAUCUACAACUGCAUUCCACGAUAACGAAAGCAAACGUACCUAGUUGUAAUGUUAGUUUACUAAUAUUUAAGUAAUAUAGCGUAAGUUCAAAGGCGUCAAUGUGAUCAUUACAAUAUGAGUCGUAGAGUGCACAAAUCGUACUGUUUCGAUACUUAAUAGUGAGUAUGUAAGCAUCCUAUAGGUCGUCGAGUGUUCGAGCAUCGCUGUGCGUGUAUGUCUGGCUUAUAAUAUAGGAACCGUAACAAUCUCAUAGUCCGUGGCCGAUACAAGGGAGUAGUAGCGCCGUAAGCGCGGAAUAUGAACAUUUCGUGUCGAUAAAAGCAUUUAAACGGCAUAAACCUUAUAUAUAAUUUGAAAUAGUCUUCCAGUUGGUUGAUUUGAAGUAUUGUUAACUGAUUAGUCCUACUUUCGCAUUUCUACGUUUCUUAAAUACUAAUACUGGAUAUGAGGCAGCCAAAUUAUCGACGCUUUAACUCUACACGUGCUAGUUUAAAUCAAGGUGGAGUGACUUGUAGAGCGGUUCGAGUCACGCGAAUCGAUUGCAUUUCAAAUAUAAGUAGUGAACGUUUAUAACACAUUAGAGAUUGAAGUAAAUAUAGUGAUUUGGUAUAAUUUCAUGACAUUUUAGUCAAUGUACGCGUGUACCUGUCUCAUAAUUAACAAAAACCUAUAUUUGUAUAAAUGCUGGGCCUAAAAACCUGUUUUUUAUUGUGGUAAGAUGAGCCAAGUCUGCUAGAGGUUAAUUUUGUAAACCAGUGUUUUAAUGCCUACUUAAUCCUAAAGGGGACUGUUAAUGCAAUCAACGGAAGGCAUCCAUUUGAUUUGUUUUCAUAUGCAGGACAUGAGGACACACAUGUGUGUUAAACUGACUCAAAUAUGUAUUCAUAUUGUUAAUAUGUGUGCGCUCAUAUCGAUAUAAAGUCAACUAUGCACAUUUCACAACUCUACAAGUACUCAGGGCAUACUGAAAAUUCC